AUGACUUCCAAGAUGGUCAUCAACCAGCCUAGGCCAGUGAUGGUCCAGCGAGAGUCUGAUGAGUGGGCAUCGGGUAUAUGUGACUGCUGCGAUGACGUGCCCGAGUGUUGUUUUGCUUUCUGGUGCUGCCCCUGCUUCGCCUGUAAAACCACCAAAGCCUACGGCCAGUGUCUCUGUCUCCCCAUGCUGGAAAUCUUCAUGGGCGUCAUUCCACCCAUCACCAUGUCCAUGAGGGUCUCCAUGCGGGAGCGCUAUGGCAUCAAAGGCACCAUGUGUAACGACUGUCUGUGCGCGACCUGCUGUACAUCCUGCGUCUGGUGUCAGAUGUCCAGAGAGAUGAAGAGAAGAAAAAUCCAAGUCCUCCUGGUCAGUGCCAAGAACACAUGA